AUGGCCUACAGGUAUCUCCGCUUUGCGCUUACAAAGGGCUUUGGGACGCCUGACGAUAUGGAAGCUGCCCUGUCCGCUAUCCUGUCGUUUAUCAGUAUUGAUAUCAUGCACGGUUCAAUGACGGAAUUUCCACUGCACCACUCCGCAUUCCGAGCUCUGCAGGCCCAGCAUCAAGGGAAGCGGGAAAGCAGAGAAGGGUUGGCUCCAGAUGAAACCACAUUCCUGGCAGAGCGGUUUCUGAAUACCAUCUUUUACCUCCAGUCAACUCUCUCUCAGUCGACGAACUACGAUAUCACCCCGGUGCCCUGGUCAUCGGACCCGCAAAGUUCGCUCAUCAUACAAGAAUUUUCAUACACAAUAGGCCCUAUUGACGACCACUGUUUACAGUACACAUAUGGCACGACGAAGCGCCUAACAAUGUUCAUCCGCGCAGUUACAGCACUUUUCUGGUCCGUGGCCUACUAUACGUCCACUGGAGCUUAUUUCCCAGACACCUUGCAACUGGAAAUGGACAGCCUAUCUAAGGGACUCAACGACUGGCGUCUCGAGUCAGAGGAUAUUAUCGACCUCCCCGACGUAGCGUCAACACGCGUCGUGAAGCUCCAUAUUCUGGCCUUUUACAACGCAAUCUGCAUUUUCCGCCUUACCCACCUUGUCCUCCCUCUCUCUACGGACGAUGGAACAAGGAGUGCUUUAUUCCAUGAGGUUAGCUUCUACGUCUCGGAAGUUCUAUCCCACCUUCGAAGUAUCGAACGAAUAAAGCAACAAAAUCCCCGCGCCUUCGACAGGAAAUCUGCGUCUAUUAUGUGGCCAGGCUUCAUCGCAGCCUGUGAAGCGCCGCAGCAGGGUCGGGAAGGGUGGGUAGAAUGGUGGGAGAACAUGCUUGCAUAUCGCAUCGGGAAUAUUGCCUCGCUAUACGAGACUCUAAGAGAUGUCUGGGAUCUUCGUGAUCGAACGCAGGAUGACAGCUAUCUUCUACCGGCUUGGAGAAGGUUGUUGAGGGAGAAGAGAAUGGUUAUUAUUGCUCUCUAA